GCUGGUACUAACUUCCGGCUGCGCCGGAAGUUCCCUCAGGGAGACGCGGGGAGCCUGCGGUGUUUUGAUUCUGUGGGCAGAGAGGCGAGUUAAAGUCUGAGAGGGCUGCGUGGGGUCAGGGCUUUGGUCACUGGUUCGUAGCUGAGUCGCGGCUCAUUGCUGGCCUGGCGAUGGCGACGUACACGUGUAUCACUUGCCGGGUGGCGUUCCACGACGCGGAGAUGCAGCGAGCCCACUACAAGACGGACUGGCACCGCUACAACCUGCGGCGGAAAGUGGCCGAUAUGGCCCCGGUCACCGCAGAGGGCUUCCAGGAGCGGGUGCGGGCGCAGCGGGCCUUGGCGGAGCAGGAGAGCAAGGGCACGGCCACCUACUGCACCGUCUGCAGCAAGAAGUUCGCCUCCUUCAACGCCUACGAGAACCACCUCAAGUCGCGGCGGCACGUGGAGCUGGAGAAGAAGGCGGUGCAGACGGUGAGUCGGAGGGUGGAGAUGAUGAACGAGAAGAACCUGGAGAAAGGGCUGGGGGCCGACGGGGUGGACAAGGAUGCCAUGAACGCGGCCAUCCAGCAGGCCAUCAAGGCGCAGCCGUCCAUGUCGCCCAAGAAGGCCCCCUUGGAGCCGAAGGACGAGUCCAGGGGUCCGGUGGCCCCGGCAGACAGUCGCCGUGUGACUCACGACCGAGAGCCGGCCGAGAAGCCUCCCCGGCUCCAGUGGUUUGAACAGCAGGCGAAGAAGCUGGCAAAGCAGCAGGGGGAGGAGAGCGAGGAGGAGGAGGAGGACCCGGACGAAGACGGUUGGGAAGAUCUCGAUUCCGAUGAAGAGUUGGAAUGUGAGGAUGCUGAGGAGGUGGAAGAAGGUGCCGAGGAGGACGGGACUGGGGAGCGACCACCCCUUGGCGCCAUUCCUCUAACAGAGUGCUUAUUCUGUUCCCACCAUUCAAGCUCCCUGAUGAAGAAUGUGGCUCAUAUGACAAAAGUCCACAGCUUUUUUAUUCCCGAUAUAGAAUAUCUUUCUGAUCUUAAGGGACUGAUUAGAUACUUGGGGGAGAAAGUUGGCGUUGGGAAGAUUUGCCUGUGGUGCAAUGAGAAAGGGAAAUCCUUCUACUCCACAGAGGCUGUACAGGCGCACAUGAACGACAAGAGCCACUGUAAGCUCUUCACAGACGGGGACGCGGCUUUGGAAUUCGCAGACUUCUACGAUUUUAGGAGUAGCUAUCCAGAUCACAAGGAGGGGGAGGAUGCCGGUGAGGCUGAGGCUUUUCCCUCAGAUAAGAAUGUGGAGUACGACGACGACACCAUGGAGCUGAUUCUGCCUUCUGGUGCCAGAGUGGGUCAUCGCUCCCUGAUGAGAUACUACAAACAGCGGUUUGGCUUGUCAAGAGCUGUGACAGUUGCUAAAAAUAAGAAGGCAGUGGGCAGAGUCCUCCAGCAGUACCGAGCCCUGGGGUGGACCGGCAGCACAGGAGCAGCUCUUGUGCGAGAGCGGGACAUGCAGUACGUCCAGAGGAUGAAGUCAAAGUGGAUGCUGAAGACAGGAAUGAAGAACAAUGCCACCAAGCAGAUGCAUUUUAGGGCACAAGUCAGAUUCUGAGCGUCUGUCGGAGUUGGGGUUUCCGUCUCCUGCACGAGCUCCCCUUGCCUGAGCACGCCAGUGGAAGCGGGUUGUAGGAUACACCCUUUUUGCUGCUACUUCUCCCUGUACUUUGUCUGUUCUGACCUCAUAAUAAAAGUCAAAAUCAA